AUGUUCGCGUCACACUGGCUACCAGCCGCCCGGCUGAACAUCAAGCAAGCACGGUCAUUUUCUUUGCUUUCUACCCACGCGUCCUUCCCGGCGACAAUGUACCGAUUCCAACUGAGCAAAAAGGCUACGCUUUACGAUGCCAAUCAAGAGGAGACCCGUUACAGAAAAGACGGAAUCAGAGUCUCUGAAGAUGGUUUGGUUCAUGCUAACAUCUCCAAGUCCAGCCCAUACUCCAACGGGCCAAUUUUCAUGCCUAAUUCUCGCCUUUUGCAGCAAAUGCUCAAGUUUGACUUUGACCAUUAUCAAGAGGAAACCAAUGACGGGAAGUGUCCUAUGGACCCUAGUGUUAUCUGCGUGGAACGAGGUACUUCCAUUCCCUCGGAGCUAGUGAUGUGGAGAGAAGGUAUCUCCCGCUUCUCUUUGCAACCUUCGAAGCCCACAGAAAUUGAAAAGCUCAACGACCUGCUCAGUGAAUUCUAUGAGAAGUCUGCGACGAUUGUCGGUGCAGAGGAAUGGAUUGAGAAACACCCGUACCACGAAAGCUUCCCAGACCAGAAUGAGGAAGGCUGGAUGAAUGCAUAG